ACCGGCCCCGGCAGCGCCUUUCGCACCGGUCCCGGAGCAGGCGAGAUCGAUGAAAGUCCCGAGCGGAGCCUCCGCCAUGUCCACGUCCCUGCGGGUGAGCCCGUCGGUCCACGGCUACCGCUUCGACACCGCCUCACGCAAGAAAGCCGUGCCCAACAUCUUUGAGGCCAUCAGCCAAGAGUCACUGCAGAAGCUCUUCAGGAACUCGGGCGACAAGAAGGCCGAAGAACGGGCCAAGAUCCUCCUCGCCACGGACCAGGACUCGGAGGACCGAACGCGGGCCUUGCUGGCCCUGAAGCAGCGGAGGAGAGACAAGCUCCUCCAGUUCCUGACCCUGCGGAAAUACUCCCUCAAAGUGCGCUGAGCCGCCGCCUGGGAAAGGACCGGGACAAGAUAGUGGAGGAACGAGACAGCGCUCAGGAUGUGGCCCCGUGCCUCGCAAGCUUCCAGCAGGACGAGGGGCCCCGCAAAACAGGCCCCAAGCCGACGCUCCCACCGCACCCCCGGCAGGCGGAGAGCCAAGCAGAGGACCGCAGCCUGCUCGUCCGGGAAGCUGCCCCAAGUGCCACCGCUGAGACUCUGGUCUGCCGGGGCAGGGGAUCCCCGCGACUAGGCUGCAAUGGAGCAUUUCUUUCGCACUCCUCCAGUGCCCCGACACGAGGCACCGUGCGGGCGUCAGGAGCUGAACUUUCGGGGGCUGCGCUCUCCCAAGGCACCCGACGCGACUGCAUCUCUUAUCCCCUUGCGGGGCAGUAUCCCUGCCAUACGACUCGUUUGCACGGCAGCAAACAACCCGGGCACCCCCGCCCUGAACUGCCUUGGCUGGGAAAGCCUCUGUUAGAUAGCGCGUUUGCUUCUCACAACUGCCAAUCUGCCCCGAGGCCUGCUCAGCCUCAGAGACAGCACGAUAGACAGGAGAAAAUAGACUGCAAGGGGCUGGAUGUAUCCCACGGUAAGACUGGAGGACAAUGCUAGACUGCUCUCGACUGUGAUUUAUGGUCCCACGGCCAUCUGCAGCCCAAUAAAUGAUAAAGAUUGUGC